UUCCUGUACGUUAUUCAACGCAGUCAAUAAUAUUAUUUGAUACUAGUGAUAUACAGACAUGGUUAACUAUACAUUAAUGUCAGUAUUUUUGUUAUCGUUUUAUUUUAUUGGUUUAGGUUCUGCUGAAACAGAAUUUGAAAAAAUUUAUACCGAAUGCGUAGAUGAUAUGAAGAAAGAAAAUUUGAUGUAUUUUAAUCCAGAUUGUAAUACUAAUUUAAAUGUAGCAAACUUGACUAAUUUAAUUAAUACUGCAAAUAAUAGGAUUGUCAUGAAUAGGCUUAGCUCAGGUUAUGCAUAUAUAUUUAUAAAGAAUCACAGUGCUAAAAAUUUAAAACCUCGUUUUAAAAAUCCGUACUCUUUCUGUUUGGCUCUAAAGUCAUAUAGACAACCGUAUAUACUCGUAAUAAGUGAAAUUACACUUCUUCCAAGAGCAACACUUAGAAACAUACGCGAAGAGUGUCUUUGUGAUAUGGUCAGCCAUGGGUUGGCGACCCAUGUUAACACCGAAUGCGUAGGUAAUAUGGACAGCCAUGGGUUGGCGACCGACGAUGAUGAGUCCGAUCAUUGGGGGUCGUAUUCUGAUGCAAAUAAUUUGAAUGCAGUUAUUCAACAAUUAAAUAGCAACGUGCAGUCAUUAAAUAAAAGUUAUGCAUAUACAUUUAUAAGUUCGUACUAUGGGAAUACAUUAAAAGAUGAUUGUAAAGUUCCAACAACGUUUUGUCAGGCAUUAUCCGAACAAGUAGAUCCGUUUACAAAUACGGAUUUUAUAUAAUUUAAAGAUGUUUAUUUAAUUCCAUUAUAAUUAAUAUUAUAAUUUUUACGAAAUAUAUUAAAUAUUCUUAUUACCUUAA